AUGAAGAUCGAAUUCGCUCCGCUGAACAUCCCGCUGAGGAGGAGGCUGCAGACCGCCGCCACGCUGCAGUGGGUCUUCUCCUUCCUGGCUUUAGGUACCUGAGAGAGUGUGUGUGUGUGUGUGUGUGUGUGUGUGUGUGUGUGUGUGUGUGUGUGUGUGUGUGUGUGUGUGUGUGUGUGUGUGUGAAGACCUGUCUGACUGUUUAUCGAUCUGUCCGUCAAUACAUCUGUCAGUCUAACGGUCUGUCUGUCUGUCCGUGCUAAAAUCCUGAUGACUAAUUUAACAGACCUUUCUUCGUUCCUCUUUUUGACUCAGACAGCAGACUGUUUACAGAGAACUAAAACCAACAAAUAUCUCCUCCUCAUCCUGACUACACUACCUGCCCAAAGUUUGGAAGCGAGUUCAGAUUUCUCCCAAAAAAGAUCAUAGUUUCAUAAAUAUAAUUUUCAACACAGUAACCAUGACUACAGUGUAAAGAGAAACUGAUCUGAAGACAUUCUGACUGUAAUUCUGAGGUAUUUGAGUUUUUGUUGUUAGACUUUCUUUAAAGUUACCUCCUCUGGCUUUAACAACAGCUUGGCAUAUACCAGGCAUUCGUUCACCAACUUUUCUAAGGUCUGUUCCAGGGAUUACAUUCAAGCUUUCUUAAGUUCAUUAAAAAGAGACGCUGAUUCGUGGGACGUGUUUUUCUGACCGAUCGAUCCGAUUCAUCCCGCACAAGCUCAGUUGGAGAAAGGUCUGGAGACUGAGGGGGCCAAACCAUCUUUUGAAGAACACCUUCCUCUUCUCUUUUGUCUCGGUAACCCUGACAGAGCUCGGCAGAGUGCUUAGGGUCAUCGUCUUACUGCAAAACAAACUGAUGAACCACAAGUCUGAGUCCAGAUGGAGCAGCAUGGUGCUGGAGGAUGGAGUGGUACUGUUCCUUCUUCAUGAUACCCUUUACUUCAAACAAAUCUCCUACUCCAUCACCUGAUAAACAUCCUCAUACCAUGAACUACCACCUCCACUCAUGUCUCUUUUUCUUCUUCUGUGGAUGAAGUCGUGUUUUUUUUUCAGACCAGCCUUUCUCAAACGUCACGGUUGUCACAGAUAUGGGUUUCGACCUUGUCAUGUUGAUUUCCUCCCUUAUUUGUGGUGCUGUCUUUCUCUGAUCUCUCUUCCUGGUGACAAUGCUCUGUUUAUCCUCUGCUUUUGUAGUUACUCUCUUUCGUCUUUUUCUAUCAUCAGAACUUCCAGGUUCCUCUCGUCUCUUCAGAGUGAAGUCGACUCCUUUGUUAAACACCUUUAGGCCUUUUUCUCUUUCUGUGUUUCCUUCUUUCCUCGAUGUACAAAUCUGAACUUUUGUUUCUUUACUCAGUUGCUUCUUUCUGUCCAUUUCUGCUGUAGUUCGAACUCAGUUUAGAUUUAUUAGGAUUUUUGUCUGCAGACUCUCAGACGACAAAAAGUUGAAGUGAAUAAUCCAACUGUUCGACCUGGAACUGCAGUGCUUCCAAACUUUUGGCCUGUCGUGUAUAUCUCCUCUUCAUCUCCUCUUCAUCUCCUCUUCCUCUCCUCUUCAUCUCCUCUUCAUCUCUCCUUCCUCUCCUCUUCAUCUCCUCUUCAUCUCCUCUUCAUCUCCUCUUCAUCUCCUCUUCCUCUCCUCUUCAUCUCCUCUUCCUCUCCUCUUCAUCUCCUCUUCAUCUCUCCUUCCUCUCCUCUUCAUCUCCUCUUCAUCUCCUCUUCAUCUCCUCUUCAUCUCCUCUUCCUCUCCUCUUCAUCUCCUCUUCAUCUCUCCUUCCUCUCCUCUUCAUCUCCUCUUCAUCUCCUCUUCAUCUCCUCUUCAUCUCCUCUUCCUCUCCUCUUCCUCUCCUCUUCCUCUCCUCUUCAUCUCCUCUUCAUCUCUCCUUCAUCUCUCCUUCAUCUCCUCUUCAUCUCUCCUUCCUCUCUUCUUCAUCUCUCCCUCAUCUCUCCUUCAUCUCCUCUUCAUCUCUCCUUCCUCUCCUCUUCAUCUCCUCUUCCUCUCCUCUUCAUCUCUCCUUCCUCUCUUCUUCAUCUCUCCCUCAUCUCUCCUUCAUCUCCUCUUCAUCUCUCCUUCCUCUCCUCUUCAUCUCCUCUUUAUCUCUCCUUCAUCUCUCCUUCCUCUCCUCUUCAUCUCUCCUUCCUCUCUCCUUCAUCUCUUCUUCAUCUCUCCUUCAUCUCCUCUUCAUCUCUCCUUCAUCUCCUCUUCCUCUCUCCUUCCUCUCCUCUUCAUCUCCUCUUUAUCGCUCCUUCAUCUCUCCUUCCUCUCCUCUUCCUCUCCUCUUCAUCUCUCCUUCAUCUCCUCUUUAUCUCUCCUUCAUCUCUCCUUCCUCUCUCCUAUCUCUCCUCUUCAUCUCUCCUUCCUCUCCUCCUCAUCUCCUCUUCAUCUCUCCUUCAUCUCCUCUUCCUCUCCUCUUCAUCUCUCCUUCCUCUCUUCUUCAUCUCUCCCUCAUCUCUCCUUCAUCUCCUCUUCAUCUCCUCUUUAUCUCUCCUUCAUCUCUCCUUCCUCUCUCCUUCCUCUCCUCUUCAUCUCAACUUCAUCUCUCCUUCCUCUCCUCUUCAUCUCUCCUUCAUCUCCUCUUCAUCUCCUCUUCAUCUCUCCUUCAUCUCUCCUUCCUCUCCUCUUCAUCUCUCCUUCCUCUCUCCUUCAUCUCUUCUUUAUCUCUCCUUCAUCUCCUCUUCAUCUCUCCUUCAUCUCCUCUUCCUCUCCUCUUCAUCUCCUCUUCAUCUCUCCUUCCUCUCCUCUUCAUCUCCUCUUCAUCUCCUCUUCAUCUCCUCUUCAUCUCCUCUUCCUCUCCUCUUCAUCUCCUCUUCCUCUCCUCUUCAUCUCCUCUUCAUCUCUCCUUCCUCUCCUCUUCAUCUCCUCUUCCUCUCCUCUUCAUCUCCUCUUCAUCUCUCCUUCCUCUCCUCUUCAUCUCCUCUUCAUCUCCUCUUCAUCUCCUCUUCAUCUCCUCUUCCUCUCCUCUUCAUCUCCUCUUCCUCUCCUCUUCAUCUCCUCUUCAUCUCUCCUUCAUCUCCUCUUCAUCUCCUCUUCAUCUCCUCUUCAUCUCCUCUUCCUCUCCUCUUCAUCUCCUCUUCAUCUCUCCUUCCUCUCCUCUUCAUCUCCUCUUCAUCUCCUCUUCAUCUCCUCUUCAUCUCCUCUUCCUCUCCUCUUCAUCUCCUCUUCCUCUCCUCUUCAUCUCCUCUUCAUCUCUCCUUCCUCUCCUCUUCAUCUCCUCUUCAUCUCCUCUUCAUCUCCUCUUCAUCUCCUCUUCCUCUCCUCUUCAUCUCCUCUUCAUCUCUCCUUCCUCUCCUCUUCAUCUCCUCUUCAUCUCCUCUUCAUCUCCUCUUCAUCUCCUCUUCCUCUCCUCUUCCUCUCCUCUUCCUCUCCUCUUCAUCUCCUCUUCAUCUCUCCUUCAUCUCCUCUUCAUCUCUCCUUCAUCUCCUCUUCAUCUCUCCUUCCUCUCUUCUUCAUCUCUCCCUCAUCUCUCCUUCAUCUCCUCUUCAUCUCUCCUUCCUCUCCUCUUCAUCUCCUCUUCCUCUCCUCUUCAUCUCUCCUUCCUCUCUUCUUCAUCUCUCCCUCAUCUCUCCUUCAUCUCCUCUUCAUCUCUCCUUCCUCUCCUCUUCAUCUCCUCUUUAUCUCUCCUUCAUCUCUCCUUCCUCUCCUCUUCAUCUCUCCUUCCUCUCUCCUUCAUCUCUUCUUCAUCUCUCCUUCAUCUCCUCUUCAUCUCUCCUUCAUCUCCUCUUCCUCUCUCCUUCCUCUCCUCUUCAUCUCCUCUUUAUCGCUCCUUCAUCUCUCCUUCCUCUCCUCUUCCUCUCCUCUUCAUCUCUCCUUCAUCUCCUCUUUAUCUCUCCUUCAUCUCUCCUUCCUCUCUCCUAUCUCUCCUCUUCAUCUCUCCUUCCUCUCCUCCUCAUCUCCUCUUCAUCUCUCCUUCAUCUCCUCUUCAUCUCCUCUUCAUCUCUCCUUCCUCUCUUCUUCAUCUCUCCCUCAUCUCUCCUUCAUCUCCUCUUCAUCUCCUCUUUAUCUCUCCUUCAUCUCUCCUUCCUCUCUCCUUCCUCUCCUCUUCAUCUCUCCUUCAUCUCUCCUUCCUCUCCUCUUCAUCUCUCCUUCAUCUCCUCUUCAUCUCCUCUUCAUCUCUCCUUCAUCUCUCCUUCCUCUCCUCUUCAUCUCUCCUUCCUCUCUCCUUCAUCUCUUCUUUAUCUCUCCUUCAUCUCCUCUUCAUCUCUCCUUCAUCUCCUCUUCCUCUCUCCUUCCUCUCCUCUUCAUCUCCUCUUCAUCUCCUCUUUAUCGCUCCUUCAUCUCUCCUUCCUCUCUUCUUCAUCUCUCCUUCCUCUCUUCUUCAUCUCUCCUUCCUCUCUCCUUCCUCUCUCCUUCCUCUCCUCUUCAUCUCUCCUUCAUCUCUCCUUCAUCUCUCCUUCAUCUCUCCUUCAUCUCCUCUUUAUCUCUCCUUCAUCUCUCCUUCCUCUCUCCUUCCUCUCCUCUUCAUCUCUCCUUCCUCUCCUCUUCCUCUCUCCUUCCUCUCCUCUUCAUCUCUCCUUCAUCUCUCCUUCCUCUCCUCUUCCUCUCUCCUUCCUCUCUCCUUCCUCUCCUCUUCCUCUCUCCUUCCUCUCCUCUUCAUCUCCUAACUUCAUGACUCUCUUGGACUUUAUUUUUGCCUCUUCUCUCCUGACGUUCUGACUCUUUCCUCCCACAGCUUCCGUCCGGUCGUACUUCGGUGUUUUUAUCCUGAUUUUCUGUUUUUAUGUCGGAAACUGUUUAUCCGUUUACUUCGUUAACGUCAGUUUGUGUCACUAGAACAAAGAAAAACUCGACAUGUCAGAAGUUAAAAAAAAACGCCCACCGUUGCCUCGGUAACAGGAGAGAUUGGCGGGAAGUGUUUCGUUCCACAGUGGAAAGGUCCUUUCACACCGGGAGCGUUUUUUUUCGUGCGAUUAUUUCUGACGUCAUUAUAAGCGUUCACAUCAGCGACGUUUUUCAGUCCUGCAAAAUUGCGACAUUUAUUUUUUUCUGAUCACGGUCGAUUUUUCUAAAGUUUCUCAGACUGUGUGUUGACUUCUGACCAAUCAGAUUUCGUGUUGUUGCGACGUCAGAUUCUGUAUAUCCAACAUGGCCGACAGGCUGAUUGUUUACGUGUCGGAGAACAGAGUGAUUUUUGAUCAAAGACACAAACCGUCUUUUAUCCCCCGCGGAAAGUCUUGAUGUGUUCAGUCAGGCGCGUCAAAAUUCACCUCCGAUAUUUCGUAAUUUCGUGUCGAAUAUUUACGUCGUUCCCGGUGUGUUCGGACCUUUACCACUAGGUGUCAGUAAACACGGUGACUUUGAUUGGUUUAACACGGGUUCGACCGUUUAACGUCGUCACAGCAGGUCGUCAGCUUCACUAACGGUACAGUCAUGUGACGUCUAGCCAAUCAGAUGUAGCGUUGUGGGCGGGACUUAAGGUGAGCUGAAAUGAACCUAACCUUGUUUGGUCGGUCUCUCAGCUCAGUGCUGCCUCGCCGGCUUUGUUCUGUUGGCGCUCUCUGAUUGGUGGAUGCUGGCUCUGCUGUAUGCUGGUUGGCUGUGGUUGGACUGGGACACGCCCAGCAGUGGAGGUCGGAGGUCACAGUGGGUGAGGAGCUGGAGAGUUUGGGAUUACUUCAGAGAGUAUUUCCCAAUCCAGGUGAGAUUAGAGCGGACGGAGGAGGCUGACCAACAACGCAUUAUUGAUUAGUGAUUAUUGAUUAUUGAUAACUGAUUAAUGAGAAGUUAUUAUUAAUAAGUGAGAAGUGAUUAUUGAUAAGUGAUCAUAAAUAAGUUAUCAUUGAUAAGUGAUUAUUAAUAACUGAUUAGUGUGAAGUGAUCGGUGAUUAUUGAUUACUGAUUUUAAGGAAGUGAUUUGUGUAACUGAUUAUGAAUUUACUAUAACUGAUUGUUGAUUAUUGAUUUAUGAUAACUGAUUAUUGAUUUAUGAAAACUGAUUAUUGAUUUGUGAUAACUAAUUGUUGAAAAGUGAUUAGUGAAAACUGAUUAUUGAUAAGUGAUUGGGGAUAACUGAGUACUGAUUAUGACCUAGUUAUUUGUGAUCACUGAGUAUUGAUUAUUGAUUUGUGAUAACUGAUUAUUGAUUAUUGAUAACUCUCUGUUUGUGUCUCCAGCUGGUAAAAACCGUCGAUCUGGAUCCAAAGAAGAACUACAUCUUUGGGUUUCAUCCUCAUGGUAAGAGAACCAGUCUGUCUCUCAAGGGUCCUGGUUCCUGUUCAUGACCCCGUCCUUGACCUUCCUGUCCCUCUGAUUGGUCUGACCUCUGACCCGUCUGUCUCUCCGCCCCUCAGGAGUUCUGGUAGCCGGAGGGUUCGGGAACUUCUGUACGGAGGCGACGGGUUUUUCUCGUCUGUUUCCUGGACUUCGGUCUCACCUGCUGAUGCUGCCGUUCUGGUUCAGGGUUCCUCUCUUCAGAGACUACAUCAUGUGUGGAGGUACUGCCCUGUUCGGACCCGUCUCUCUGGGUCCUGGUCUGGAAUCAUCAGGGGUCUAAAGGAGAAAACAUUCAUCCUUACAAAGUGUUCAGGGUUCGAACGGAGGAGGAAGAGUUUCUAGAAGUCCAACAGAGUUUUUACGGGUUUUUACCUCAUUUUAGUUUCAUUUUAACGUUUUUUUUAGGUUUUUAGGUCUUGUAGAGUUCUUUAACAGUUUUUCAGGUCUUUCUGGGUCUCAGAGUUCUUUUUAACAGUUUUUCAGGUCUUUCUGGGUCUCAGAGUUCUUAAAGAGUUUUUGCAGGUCUUUCUGGGUCUCACAGAGUUCUUUAACAGUUUUUCAGGUCUUUCUGGGUCUCUCAGAGUUCUUAAAGAGUUUUUCAGGUCUUUCUGGGUCUCACAGAGUUCUUUUAACCUUGUCUCCUGGUUCUUGCGGAGCCUCAUGUGGUCAGACCUGGACGUCUCUCUCAGUGGGUGAGACAGAACAGGAGUUUUCCUCCGGAGGGUUUAGUGACCCCGCAGUCAGUCUGGGUCUCGGUCUUUGCUCAGCGUUGAGUAAACUGUGUGACAGGUCGGUGCAGGAGGAGGCAGAACGCCGGGCUCUGAUUGGCCGAGACAGCGGGGUGAAAUGGUUUGUGUGUCCCAGAUCUGCAGCGAUCGAUCAUCCUAACCUGGUUUGAUGUGACCCCUGGUGGUCAAAGAGUGGAAGUACAGGGGUUCAAUGAUCCAGGCGGAGGAGAAGUUUGGAUCCUGGUCUUUAAUUAGGAGGAUUUUUAAUGAAGCAGAAAAUCGCUCUGAAGAUUUGAGAUGAAGAUGAUCUCAGAUUUAGACUCAGAUUAUCAGACCAACGGUUCUCCCCCGUCUGUCCACCAGGUCUGGUCUCCAGCUGUAAGUCCAGUCUGUCCUACCUGGUCAGCCGACCUGAGGGCGGGAAUGUCGCCGUCAUCGCAGUGGGCGGAGCUUCAGAGGCUCUGGACGCUCGACCAGGAGCUUUAAAACUACAGGUACAUCUGCGACUCACACCUGAUCGAUCGAAGACGAAGACGUGAAUAAAGUAAAAAAAACACAGACAAUAAAACAUGAAGAGGUGCUUUCUGGGAAAUAAAACGUGUCAGAUAAACCCGCCGCUCUGAUCGUUUGUUUGUUUGUUUGUUUGUUUGUUUGUUUGUUUGUGUUUUAGGUCCUAGACAGGAAAGGCUUCAUCAAACUGGCUCUUAAACACGGGUGAGUGGAGCUGAACGAGGAGGACCAAUCAGGAGAGAUUUAAUACUGACUCUGUGUGUGUGUGUGUGUGUGUGUGUGUGUGUGUGUGUGUGUGUGUGUGCACGUGUGUGUGUGUGUCUGUGUGUGUGUCUGCAGAGCUCAGCUGGUUCCGGUCUUUUCUUUCGGAGAGAACGAACUCUUCGAUCAGAUGGAGAAUCCGACCGGCUCUCCUCUGAGGAGGCUGCAGGUCAGAGGUCAAACCGGGAAAUUUAUAAAUAAAUAAAAAGUUUCAGCUUAAAGUUUGAAAAUGCCAAAAAAAUAAAUAUAAUUUAAUAUGUAAUAAAAAGAAGUUCUUCUUUUGUGUUUGUGUCUGGAAAACAUUUUUCGGUUGUAAAUUUUCGUUUCCAAGUCUUCUGAGAGUUUCUCGUGUUUUUUGACUUUUUGAAGUUUUGAUUAUUUCUAAAAGUUAAAAAUGUUUCUAAAGUUUUUGUUUAUUGUAAUUUUUAGAAAGAUUUUUUUUUUACAUUUUUUAAAGAUUUUUUUCUGUGCUUUUCUAUUUUUGAUUUUGUUUCUUUUUUUAACUUCAAAAAUUUGUCUUAAUUUUUUUUUUGUAUUUUAGUUUUUAAAAUUUUGUGUUUGAGGUUUAAAAGCUUUUAAAGUUUUUACAUUUAAAAGGAUUUCUAUGACAUUUUUUAUUUUGAUUUUAAAUCGAUUUUUGAGUUUUUAACAUUUGAACACGAUGAGGAAUCUGAUAUUAAAAAAUGUUUAAUUGAUCAGUAAGACGUUUUAAAAGGUUAAAGUUUUAUUAUCUGUUGAAACAGGAAAAAAAGGAGGACUGAAGUUUAGUCCUGUGUGGAGUUAACAUGUUAACCUCUGUCCACAGAACCGGCUGCAAAGCAUCAUGGGAGUGGCGAUGCCUCUGUUUCAUGCACGAGGAGUUUUCCAGUACAGCUUUGGACUGAUGCCGUACAGGAAGCCCAUCCACACCGUCGGUACGAAAAACAAGUUAAAAAAAAAAAAAGUCACAGUUUUUAUUAAAUUAAAUGUUUACAGUAAAUUAAAUUUCUGAGUUUAAUUUAAUUUAAAACUCAAACACUUCAUGAUAAAAACGUACAGAUUUAAAAGAACUUCAAAGUAUAAGUUUUUUAAUUUUUUUGUUUAUUUUAUUGUUUUACGUUUUUAAUGUUUUUCUCUUUUUUUCAAACCUAAACAUGUUUUUUAAUACAAGUUUAAAAAGAACAUCUCUGUUUUUUUAAUUUAAUUUUUGCCUAAAAUUAAUUUUUUGAGUUUAAUUUAAUUUAACACUUAAAACACUUCAUGAUAAAAGUGAACAGAUUCAAAAGAAGUUCAAAGUCUAAAUUUUUAUUUUUUUAAGUUUUAUGUUUUAAAGUUUUUCUCUCUUUUUUUUAAACUUAAACACGUUUUUAUUGACUGAAGUUUUCAUAGACCUCUAGUUUUUUUUUUAAAUUUCAUUUAUUUUCAUUGUUUCUGUUCCUGUUUUUUUUCUCGUUUUUUUAAGUAUUUUUAAAAGUGUUUUAAUUUUCUAAGUUUGUAACAUAAACGCCGUCAGACCGCUGACGUUAAUCUCACUGUGAGUCGAUGUCGAUUUCACCGUCAAUGUUGUUGAAUUUUUCUGAUGGUCCUCCCUUCUGUCUCCAGUGGGGGCCCCCAUCCCGGUGGUCCAGACUCCCAGUCCCACCAGUGAGGACAUCCAGAGUCUUCAUAAAUGUUACCUGCAGAGUCUGACCGACCUGUUCGAGCAGCACAAACAAUCGUACGGCCUCAGUGAGGACCAACACCUCACCUUUAUAUAA